AUCCAAUAACACCACAACAACAAGCAAGCCUUACCAGCUUCGCUCUCUCCAUCUGUCCCCCCCCACCCCCCCCUCUUUAUCUCUCUUUUUAUCUGCUAAAAAAGAAAAUAAAAUAAAAAUAUCCAUUAAAACCCUAAUUUUCCCUGUCACCGCCGCUCAUCACCCACCAUCGCCGUCUUUCACCGGAACGUAAUCUCUCUCAAUUACCACAAAAAAACCCUCAUUUUUGUAUAGAAAUCAUCGAGAAACUCUAGAAGUUAAAUUUCAUCGAUUUGAUUCUUAAUCGAUUCGUCAAGAAAUACAAAAUUACCACUUAAUAAUCUUGUUUUCUAGAAUUUUAAUUCAUAUUUUUAAUCGUAAUUUCUCUGAUCUUCGUUUCUUGAAAUCCUAGGAACUUCUUGUUGUUGUUUGUCAAUAAGAUUUUCCACAAAUUCCGAAUUUAGUCCCUGAGAUUUCCUCGAAAUUACAGUUUUGUCUCUAAGUUGGUAAUCAUGGCGGGUGGAGGAAGCAGGAGAGAUGAGGGAUCGUUGGUGAUUAACAACACGAACGUGUUUGCUGCGCUUGAGACGUUGAGGAAGAAGAAGAAAUCUGAUAAGGACCGUGGGGGUUCCAAGAGUGGAAAAGGGGGUUCUAAGAGUGGGAAAGAGCAGCAGUCGAAGGAGCCCGAGCCGGAAGUUUUUUGGGCUCCGGCGAAACUUACUGCUAAAUCCUGGGCUGAUGUUGAUGAUGAAGAUGAUGAUGAUUAUUAUGCAACGACGGCUCCGCCUCCUUCUGUCUGGGGGUCCUCGCAGCAGCAGAAGAGUGAGGAGAAAUCUGCCCAUGUAGAGGAAAGUGAGAGUGAAGAAGAUAUUUUGGAUGAAGGUGAUGAUGAUGUAGAGGAAGAAAAUGACCAUGAACCAGAGGCUCCGGUGCAACCUGAGCCAGUGGUGAAGAAGGCCCUGGAAGUUCCUGUGCUGCCUAAGGAGACAGAAAGACAACUUUCAAAGAAGGAAAGAAAGAAGAAGGAACUUGAAGAGCUAGAGGCCCUUCUUGCUGAUUUUGGAGUUGCUCAAAAAGAUAGCAAUGGCCAAGAUGAGUCACGUGAGGCUGCACAUGAGAAGAAAGAUGGGGAGACUAAUGAAGAGGGAGAUAAGAAGGAAAAUGUCGCUGGGGAGUCCAAAAGCGCUAAGAAGAAGAAAAAGAAGGAAAAGUCAGCAAAGGAGCCCCAAGAUCAGCCUGCCAGUUCAGAAGCUGAUAAUGGGCCAGAAGAAGCUGCUAGAGCGGAACAGGCAGAGGAGGAUGCUUCUGCAGUUGACGUGAAAGAACGACUAAAGAGGAUGGCAUCUGCAAAGAAGAAGAAGUCUAGUAAAGAGAUGGAUGGUGCUGCAAAAGCCGCUGCUCAUGAGGCUGCUGCAAGAAGUGCAAGGCUUGCCGCAGCCAAGAAGAAAGAGAAGAAUCAUUACAAUCAGCAGCCAGUACGGUAAAAGGCCCUUUUCAUUUGGCACACAUGUAUGAACAUGUGUUUCUUGUUGUUCAUAUACCAGUGCAGAAUAAACAGUGGGCUCUAGGCUCUGGCUUCAUGAAAGAUGACGUUCUAGUUGUAUUGCUGUGGACUGAAAAAAAAAAAAAAGUUUCCCCUUUGGCGUUUUGGAUCUUAUCUUUGGUCGGUUGUCAUGGAAAACAUAGUUUUGGCAGUUUUGUUAAUUGCAAUUCUUCCCAGGACAGUAGUUGAACUUGAAUUCUGUGUAAUGAUGUAGCCCUUUGAACCUCAAGUCUUUUCCUUUUAAUGGAUGAGCGCUAAGUGAACCUCUUACAGUUUAUUUGAAAAUAUAUGCUGGAAAGAGCAAUUGAAGGUUUUAA